AUGGAUAAGUCAUCACCAAUAUCGGGCAUUCCAGAUGAACUAUUGGCUCAUAUACUGUCAUUUGUACCAGACAGUGACCUUUCGGCGUGCGUCCGUGUUUGUAAACAUUGGUGUAAAGUAAUUCAGCUACCAUCUUUCUGGAAAAUAAAGUGUUUGAAAUGUGGCCGAGACAUCAAGGAACUAGUUACGAUACCUUCGAGGGAAUGGAGGAUGGUUUACUUCAAGAACCCGUAUGGUAGAAAUUUGGUAAAGAAUUCAUGUGGAGAAAUAUACAGUGAAGGGAAGAAAGCCGGGGAUGCUAGAAACUUUUCAUACAUAAUAUCAUUAUUAAAAGUCGGUAGUUGUUAUGCCAUGUAUGCGUAUGCUGCUCGAGCAGACUGUGCCAGUGUUUGGGAGAUGAGGGUGACAUUAUGCCGAGAGAAAGCGCACAAGGUUGAACGAUAUUUAGAUGAGUAUGCUCAGCGAUUCAACAGAGAUUCUUGGAAUGCCCAUAGCGUACUGAUGCCCGACGAUUGGAAGCAUGGAGACAGUGACCUUGUCAUAGAAUCUUAUAACUAUGGUCCACAAGAAACGCCACAGUGGUCAAAUUCUGAUUGGACAAAGGUCAGUCACACAUUCCAAGGAUGUAGUCCAGGCUUGAGAACCAUCAUCUUUGAAGAUGCUUCCAAAGACAUGCAGUUUUGGGCCGGACACUAUGGUGGGAAAAUGAGUGCCGCUUCAGUCUUCGUCAGGGUCAAGAAAUCUUGA